AUGGGGAUCUGUGUCUUUGGAAUGGUGGGGAACGGGAUAGUGUUGUGGUUCCUGGGCUUCCAGAUGAAGCGGAACCCUUUCACAGUCUACAUCCUAAAUCUGGCAGUUGCUGACUUCUCUCAGCUUCUCCUGUUUUUUCUUCUCAUAUUGGGAAAUUUCAACAUAACAAUAAUUGGUUAUGAUUUGGAUUCUUUUGUUUCUUUCUACAAUAAUUUUUUAGAUGCAUUUGAAUUUCUGUGCGAGUUCUUUCUCCUUAGCAGCUUGGGUCUCCUGACAGCCAUCAGCAUGGAGCGCUGUGUCUCUGUCAUCUUCCCAAUCUGGUAUCGCUGCCACCGCCCAAAGCACUUAUCAGGCAUCGUGAGUGGGGUUUUCUGGGCCAGCGUCGGGGCUUUCAUUUCUUCUAUUUAUCUCUGCUUUCUGUUUGGUCAAAGAUGUUACACAGUAUUUUCAGGUGUGUCCAUGGUGUAUUCAGUGAUUUUGUCAUUAAUGAUGUUGAUUUCCAAUGUGGCCAUGGUCAUCAGGCUCCGAUGUGGCUCACAGAGACGGCACCUGGGGAAACUCUAUGUUGCUGUUGUGCUCAAUGUCAUCUUCUUCUUUGCCGUUGGGAUACCCUUCAUUGUAAAUGGUUUCCUUCAGCUUUUACAUUCGGGUGAUUUAUUUCUUCAGGCAGUGACUCUUGUGCUGGCUAUGCUAAACAGCAGCGUGAAUCCAGUCAUUUACUUCCUGGUGGGGAGCUGUCAGCAGCGCCGCUUCCGAGGCUCCAUCAGAGUAGCCCUGAGCCGAGUGUUUGAAGAGAAAGCGAGGAGUGAGGAGCAAGGAGGAGAGCCCCGUGCCCGAGGGCAUCCGGAUGGAGAGCAGUGUCCCAGGCACGAGGAACAUGACGCAGCGGAGAGGGGUGGCCACGCAACCAUCGCCGGAGGCUUUGUGCUGCCGAGGCUGGAGGCCUCUGUGCUGGAGCUCCUGCAGCAGCACUGUUCCCAGGAGCACCUGGAGGUAGGAGACGGGGGGCGGGAGAUGGGAGAUGCCUCCUGGGCAGGGUCAGAGCUGGAAGGCCUGAGUCUCCUGACAGCCAUCAGCACGGACUGCUUUGUCUCCGUCGUCUUCCCAAUCUGGUAUCGGUACCACCUCCCAAAGCACUUAUCAGGCAUCCUUUCACAUUCAAGUGAAAUAUUUCUUCCGAAAGGGAUUAUUGUGCUGGCUCUGCUGAACAGCAGCGUGGAUCCAGUCAUUUACUUCCUGGUGGCGAGCUGCUGGCAGCGCUGCUUCCGAGGCUCCAUCAAAGUCGCCCUGCACCGAGUGUUUGAAGAGAAAGCGAGGAGCGAGGAGUAG